GAGAGCCCCACUUUCCUCCUCUCUCCCACGCGGCCACGCCUCUCUCUCUCUCUCUCUCUGCUUUCUUUCCUAGCGGCGACGACAGGGGAGUGGCGCCGCCCUUGCCAGUUCUUCGUCGGGCGCUUCGCCGGCCGACAAGGCUAUGGAACACCCUAUAAUCCAGCAAGUCAUGGAGCAUCCCGAAGAGCAUGAUGAUGAUGAUGAGGAGGAUAACAGCAUAAGAGCGGAAGCGGCAUUUGAGGGGGUGCACAGUCACAGCACGUUCAGGUACAAGCACAAGAAGAGGUCCAAGGUGUGGGAGGAGUACAAGCCCAUCUUCCUGAAUGGGAAGGUUCAGUUCGCAGAGUGCCUGUACUGCCGCAGCCGAAUGAGCUGCAAGGAUUCUAAUGGGACCAGCCAUCUGUGGCGGCACCAGAAGAUCUGCCCGGGCAAGGAGGAUGCGGCGCGGCGGCGGCUCAAGGAUUCCUACUUCCCAUGUGUUUUGGUGAAUGAGGAUGGACCGGUUACACCGGGUGAUCCAGUAAAUCAGAUUAUUUCUGAGACACUUGAUGACAUAAACUCAGUAAUUCCCAGCAGAUUCAAGUCGAAGGUGUGGAAAGAGUUCUCACCUAUCUAUGUCGAGGGGAAGCUCCAGGCUGCAGACUGCGUGCAUUGUCACAAGCGCCUCAGUGCAAAUAAGUUUGGGGGAAGAAGCCAUCUGAGUCGACAUCUUCAGACCUGUCAAGCACGAAGUGGUCAGAAGGGUGUGUUUUACCCUUCUAGUCUACCUGGUUUGAAGUCCAGGGGGCAAGAUGAGCUCUCACCUGCCUUGACAAAUGGGAAGGUUCAGACCGCAGAAUACAACAACAAGCUUCUCAGGUCUAGUAGCUCUGGUGACAAUUCACCUAUAGUCCGGCCCAUUCAAGUGGUGCCGGCACAUCAACCUCUCCCAUCACCAGACUUUCCAAGCUUGAAGAAACAGAGGACCUCAUUUAUGACCACAACUACUGACAUAGGCACAAGGAAGGUUGAUCAAGAAACAGCUUAUGAAGAUCUAGCCAGAAUGAUAGCUUUGCAUGGUUAUCCUUUAUCAAUUGUAGAGCAUGAAGAAAUGAGAAGAUUUGUAAAGAACCUCAACCCUAUGUUUAAUACAGUAUCUCAUAAUGAUAUGGAAGGGCAUUGCUGUGCUCUAUUUAUGAAGGAAAAGGCAAACCUUAAAGAUAAACUGACCCUUUCCUCUCAGCGCAUCUCUCUUUCAGCAAGUAUCUGGACUCCUGAUGGAGCUGAGCCAGAAGUAAAUUACCUUUGUCUGACAGCACAUUUUAUUGAUAAAGACUGGAAAGUUCACAGAAUGAUAAUCAAAUUUGGCAUGUUUAGGUCUUCACCUACCAAUGUGGAAAGGAUGAUACAUUGUAAGGAGGCUUGUGUCCCAGAGUCUGAAAGUGGAGCAUACAACGUCAUAUGGGAUGCUAUUAGAGAUUGGAAUCUUGAUCAGAAGCUUUUGAGCUUGACUUCUGUUGGUGAAGUUAGGGAUGAUGCAAGUACCUCAAAGCUAAAGGAAACACUUGUAGAGAAGAAGUACCUUCCUAUCAGAGGCAAGCUAUACAAUAUUGCUUGUGUGGAUGAUAUCCUUAAUAGUAUUGUUUCCGAAGUGCAACAAAAUAUCAUUCACCUUGUCAGUAACAUGGUAAUGGAAUUUUUUGGGGCACGUACAUCUUCAUCAUUGAAUCAAGAGCAGCUUGUGGAAGUCAUUUCGCAGAUGAGUUUGAAGUGUCCAAAGGAAGAUGCCAAGUGGUGGCAUAAAUUUUAUUUUAGGCUUGAAGUUCUUUUGCAUUUCAAGAAAUCACUCCCUUUUGAAGAGGUGACGUCUCCAGAAGAUAUCAGAGUUGCUGAGUCUAUUUGCAAGAUUUUGAGGACAUUUUAUCGUGUUAUUGAAGUUAUUUCUAGCCCUAAUUCUCCAACAGCAAAUAUGUACUUUAAUGAGAUAUGGAAAGUGCGAACAGUUUUGCAAGAGGAAGCAUCAAAUGAGCAUGGAGAACUUGCUACAAUGGUUACAGAGAUGCAGGAAAUGUUCAAUCAAUAUUGGCAAAAUUCAUACUUGUGGUUAUGUAUAUCUGUUAUUCUAGAUCCUAGAUUCAAAAUCAGUUUCAUUGAGUUCCGUCUGAAACGAGCUUUUGGAUUAAAAUCAGCGAGCUACUUAUCUGACAUACGCGAAACACUCCAGGAACUCUUCCAUGAAUACUGCAGUUCUGUGGAUCAUCCGAACGGAGGUGCUACAAGCACUGAAGCCUUUGAUGCAGAUGAUAAUGACUCAUUCGACGAUUGGGAUCAGCACCUCAAUGAGCAAGCAAGUAGCCAGAAAUCCACAGAACUUGAAAACUAUCUUGAGGAUGGGUUAGUUCCACGGAAGGAUGAUUUCGAUAUUCUGAACUGGUGGAUGUGCCACACCAUGAAGUACCCAACGCUUGCUGCUAUUGCGCAGGACAUCCUGGCGAUGCCAGCUUCUGCUGUCCAAUCUGAAGCAGCAUUCACCAGCAGUGGUCCAGUGAUUCCCAAGCACCACAGUACGUUAAGCAUCAAGACGAUCGAGGCACUUGUUUGUACUCGAGAUUGGAUGAGAUAAAGCGGGUGUGUGCCGUGCUGCAGUGACUGUGAAGUGUAAACAACCAGGACGCGGUGCAGUUAUGUUCAGGGGAUGAUCCAAACUGAACAUGUAAGUGGCGCCUUCAACCAAAGGUAACCCUGCCACUGCCAGGGUUGGUGGUGUUGCUGACAGAUCGGGAGAAAAAAAUGAGAAAAAGAUGCAAGAGUGAUAAAUAGAGAGGGGGGAGAAGAAGGGGGAAAAAGUGGAAAAAAUAGUCUAGCCACUGACAGAUGGGCCCUAUAUGUCAGGAGAGAUGGGAAGGGCAAAGGGGAUCUGCUGCAAAGCACUUCCCUAAUAACCUGAAAAUUGUGAAAGGGGGAUUCCACUAUAACCAGAAGAAAAGGGAAAUGGGUAAGAGGAUCUGUUGUUGGAGUUGCUCUUAGUUCUGACGUAGAUGUGUAUAUAUAUAUAUAUCAGCCAUUUGCUUGAUGUAGCUUCAGAUGUAUUUUUCAGGCCUCUAAUGUAAUGUCUCAGACAUGCUUUGCUGUUGAGCCCUUAGUCCCUAGGUUGAUGAAAGAAGAUGCUGUUGUUA